UCGCAUAUAGAAGCCCAGAAUAGAUCUAUGGUUGCGAACGAGCGUCUUUAUACUGAGAUCUUUACAAAAAAGUACCUCGAGCUGUGCAUACUCGAACUACAAGGUCGUUGCCUUGGGCGAGCGAAGCAGUUCGUUGAAGCUGUGAAGGACGAACACUACGGAGGUUGGCAUUUGAUUGCAGCGCAGGACUGGCCAACUGAUGAGCAAGUACGUCAAGGCCUUGAGGAGGAUGUGAUGUUGGUAUAUGCUGGUUCGGUAUUGACUCGAGAGGAGGCAAUGCAGAUGGAGACAGCCAGUGAGAACGUUCAUACCGAUGAUAACAGGUACGUGGCGGAGAUACCCAACUCUAACUUCAUGUGGGACUUGUACUCAAGCAGGAAAAUGGUGGAGACUGAGCACAACUUCUUCGUCAAUGGGGCGCAAUACGCCGAUCCGUCAUCCCUUAUGUGGAGUAUAGGACCGACGGUAAACCACGAGAGGGUAGAAUAUUGCAAGUUGGAGCCUCGGCAUUGUGAAGUUAAAUUGCGGAGAGCUUCCUCAAAGAACGGGGAUGAGAAUCAGUGGCUUCGGGGAUUCUGGCUGCAGCGAAAACGAGGCGAGAUAAUCACCGAGGGCGAACCGUUGUUCUGGUCUUACGAUGGUGGAGCUGGAAAAUUCGAUAGAGACUUCAAUCUAAUCGGCGCCCCUCCACCACAAGGAUGGAUCUCAACUGAAGAGAUCAAGAGCCGACGACGACGUCGUGGCGGUGGUCAUGAUAAGAAGUUUGAACAUCUACGUUGGUACAUUAGUGUAA